ACUGAACACAAGAUGUCUGUGGAAGAGGUGUGCCGGAAACACAAUGCGGACUGUGUACAGGGUCUCACACAUGCCAAGGCAGCGGAGUUCCUGGCCCGUGAUGGGCCGAAUGCCCUAACGCCACCUCCCACCACCCCGGAGUGGAUCAAAUUCUGCCGUCAGCUCUUCGGGGGAUUCUCCAUCCUCCUGUGGAUCGGGGCCAUCCUGUGUUUCCUGGCAUACGGCAUCCAGGCAGCGACUGAGGACAGCCCAGCCGGAGACAAUCAAGCCAUGGUGAUCCGUGAAGGAGAGAAGACCCAGAUUAAUGCUGAGGAAGUUGUUGCUGGUGAUCUGGUGGAGGUGAAAGGCGGUGACCGGAUCCCUGCUGAUCUCCGGAUCAUUUCUGCUCACGGCUGUAAGGUGGAUAACUCCUCACUGACCGGGGAAUCAGAGCCUCAGACUCGAUCACCAGACUGCACCAAUGACAACCCCCUGGAGACCAGAAACAUUGCCUUCUUCUCCACCAACUGUGUGGAAGGCACUGCCCGUGGGAUUGUGAUCUUCACGGGGGACCGGACUGUAAUGGGCCGCAUUGCCACCCUGGCCUCAGGAUUGGACACAGGCAAAACCCCCAUCGCCAAGGAGAUUGAGCAUUUCAUUCACAUCAUCACCGGUGUGGCUGUUUUCCUGGGAGUGACCUUCUUCAUCCUGUCCAUCAUUCUGGGUUACUCUUGGCUGGAGGCUGUUAUCUUCCUCAUUGGCAUCAUCGUGGCUAAUGUCCCCGAGGGCUUGCUGGCCACAGUCACUGUGAGCACUGCCCGUGGGAUUGUGAUCUUCACGGGGGACCGGACUGUAAUGGGCCGCAUUGCCACCCUGGCCUCAGGAUUGGACACAGGCAAAACCCCCAUCGCCAAGGAGAUUGAGCAUUUCAUUCACAUCAUCACCGGUGUGGCUGUUUUCCUGGGAGUGACCUUCUUCAUCCUGUCCAUCAUUCUGGGUUACUCUUGGCUGGAGGCUGUUAUCUUCCUCAUUGGCAUCAUCGUGGCUAAUGUCCCCGAGGGCUUGCUGGCCACAGUCACU